AUGGGGCCUACGGAAAUUUGGGACAGCAGAAUCAUAGUGAAAACUGAUACUUUGGGGUUGCUGUUUGCAGAUGGGGAGAGUUCAUCAGCUGUCUUUCGACUAGGGCAAUUGCACAUCAGGCUCUCGGGUAGCGUAGUGGGUGUGGGACUUGCUGGUAGCAGAGGAGCGGCUGAGGGUGGUAUUGUUACCGCUGUUGCUGCUGCUGCUGUGGUUGGCGGUGUUGUGGAAACCACCCGAAUCGGAGGAUCCAAAACUGACGACAACGAUUUCACCUUCUUCCAAAUGAGACGGGGUGUGUAG